GCUGUCAAUCAAAGGGAGCCCGGGCGCUUGAGAAGAAGCUCUAUGGCGGCGGUGGUUAGGCGAUAUUCACUGCACUUCCAGUACACCUAAUGCAACUUUUCACCAACUUCCACCACUGCAAGCCAGACUGCGCCUCCUUUCUGUGCAAAAACUCGCAGCCAGGAACCACUCCAGACCUGGGGCUGCACAGAAAACCCCGGCACCCCUUUUUUUUUAAAAAAAAAGAGCCCUUAUUUUUUUUUUCUUUUCUUGGCUGUGUGUGUGUUUGUGAUUUUUUUCCCCCUUUUUCCGGCAAGCAGAUGUCGUUGUUUUUGAGCUUUGCAGACAUGGCGCACCUCCAUUUUUGAGCGACUUUGUGCGCUUUUAUUUCUUCUGUGUAUAUUUUCACACGCCGGGAUCAAAAGGGAAAAAAGAACAAGGCAUGAUUUUUUUCAACUCUUCGACUUUUUGAAGCCUUUGAGAGAGAAAAAGAAAUCGGUUUCGUUUUAGCUAAGUUUAGUCGACGGUGCAGAAACUAGCUUGAGCCUCAGCCAUACAUGGAACAGAGCUUGUCGGAGUGCGACAAUGGUAUUGAGUGCUUAAACAAUGUCGCUGCUGCGUCAGGGCUUUGCAAGUCGACCAGCGGGCAGCCGCUGACUCCGGUGGACUUGCUCGCUCGCUGCGAGUUUGACAGAGCAGAGCGGCGUUCGCUCAGUCCCCAUCCACGUGUAGCCCAGAACAAAACCGAGCCCCCGAACUCGCCCGGCCCCACCACCAUGUCCAGCCAGGGCAAAAACACAGAAGACGACGGCUCAGAUCACAGCAAUGCUUCCAGCAAUUUAGCUUCUGAAGAAUCCAACCACUCUGCAUCAGGAUCAGAGUCGGGCAGUCAGUCUGAAAGUGAGCAGGCAAGCGAGUCCAACAACAGCAGCUCAGAGUCCUCAGAGUCCCAAUCCGAAUCGGAAAGCGAAUCGACUGGCUCCAAGUUACAGCAGUCCGCCCCCGAGAACAAGGACAAGCCUUUGAGUAAGAAGGAGAGGAUAGCUGAUGUUAAAAAGAUGUGGGAAGAAUAUCCAGAUGUUUAUGGGGUUAGGAGGUCAAACCGCAGCAGACAGGAACCGGCUCGACUUAACGCUGGAGCAGAGCAGGAGAGCAGUGAAAACUCCGAGAAUGAGACUCCAAAGCGGCGAGGAAGGAGGAGAGCCACCAAUUGGAAGAACACAAAAGCCGAGAUUGAGGAGGAUGAGGAUGAAGAGGAGAACGAGGAAGAAGGUGAUGAGGAGGAGGAAGACGAGGAGGAGGAGGCAACUGGCAGUGCGGAAAGUGAGCCUGUAAGGAAAGUGAGGGCUCGUCGCCCAGUUACCAGAAGACCUAUGCCAAAGACCCGAGGCAAAAGGCAAAACACGCGAAGGGGAAAGAAGAGGCGGAGGGAUUCUUCUGAUGAGGACGAUGACGACGAUGAUGCUCCGAAGCGACAAACGCGCAAGUGUGUGACCAAAAAUGUGAGUUAUAAAGAAGAUGAUGAUUUUGAGACUGAUUCAGAUGAUCUCAUCGAAGUUACAGGAGAGCCAGCAAUGGAAGAGAAUGACGACAGUGAAACAAUUGAGAAAGUGAUAGACUCCCGCAUUGGGAAAAAAGGAGCUGUUGGAGCGCGGACCACGGUCUACGCUGUGGAGGCCGAUGGGAAUCCGGGCGCGGAUUUUGACCGAGAGAAGGAUGAGUCAGAGCUACAGUACCUGAUCAAGUGGAAAGGCUGGUCGUACAUCCACAAUACCUGGGAGAGUGAGGAGUCGCUGAAACAACAGAAAGUGAAGGGCCUGAAGAAACUGGAGAACUUCAUCAAAAAGGAAGAGGAGAUUAACCAGUGGCUGGCCAAAGCUUCCCCAGAAGAUAUCGAGUACUAUAACUGUCAGCAGGAAAUGACUCACGAACUCAAUAAACAAUACCAGAUUGUGGAGAGAGUGAUUGCUAUGAAGACUAGUAAAUCAUCUUCCACUCACUCUGACUUCCCAUCACAUUCCAGCCACAAAACCUCGUCCUCUGGCCAGCCCGACUAUCUCUGCAAGUGGAUGGGUCUGCCAUAUGUGGACUGCAGCUGGGAGGAUGGCGCACUGAUUUCCAGAAAGUUCCAGGCGUGCAUUGAUGCCUUCGAUAACCGCCACAAUUCCAAAACGAUUCCUUCCAAAGACUGCAAGGUCUUGAAGCAGAGGCCGAGAUUUGUUGCCAUAAAGAAGCAGCCUACCUAUAUCGGUAGUGAAGGCUUGGAAUUGAGGGAUUACCAACUUGAGGGUCUGAAUUGGCUCAUUCACUCCUGGUGCAAGGGCAACAGUGUGAUCCUGGCCGAUGAAAUGGGUCUGGGUAAAACUAUCCAGACCAUCUCCUUCCUCUCAAACUUAUUCAACCAGCACAUGCUGUACGGCCCCUUCCUGCUGGUUGUCCCAUUGUCUACCCUCACUUCCUGGCAGAGAGAGUUCGAAAUCUGGGAGCCCAACAUGAAUGUGGUUGUCUACAUUGGCGAUGUCAUGAGUCGUAAUACGAUUCGAGAAUAUGAUUGGAUACACCCUCAGACUAAACGAUUGAAGUUUAAUGUUCUGAUAACAACAUACGAGAUCUUGCUGAAGGAUAAGACUGUUCUGGGCAAUAUAAACUGGGCUUUCCUGGGAGUUGAUGAAGCUCAUCGACUGAAGAACGACGACUCCCUCCUGUACCGGACCCUGAUUGACUUCCGCUCCAACCAUCGGCUGCUGAUAACAGGGACGCCACUGCAGAACUCGCUGAAGGAGCUCUGGUCGCUACUGCACUUCAUCAUGCCCGAAAAGUUUGACUCUUGGGAAGACUUUGAAGAAGAGCAUGGCAAAGGGCGGGAGAACGGUUUCCAGAGCCUCCACAGGGUCCUAGAGCCCUUCCUGUUGCGCAGAGUGAAGAAGGACGUUGAGAAAUCUCUGCCUGCCAAAGUUGAGCAAAUUCUCCGGGUGGAGAUGUCAGCCUCACAGAAGCAGUAUUAUAAGUGGAUUUUGACAAGAAAUUACAAGGCUCUCACCAAGGGGAGCAGGGGGUCUUCCUCGAGCUUCCUGAACAUCAUGAUGGAGCUGAAGAAAUGCUGCAACCACUGCUACUUGGUCAGACCGUGUGAGGAGGAGGAGAUGCUCACCAGCCAGGAAGUGUUGCAUAAUCUGAUCAAGAGUAGCGGCAAACUGAUCCUUCUGGAUAAGCUGAUGACCAGGCUUCGCGAGCGAGGGAAUCGGGUGCUCAUUUUUUCCCAGAUGGUGCGGAUGUUGGAUAUUCUUGCCGAAUACCUGACCAUUAAACACUAUCCCUUCCAGCGUUUAGAUGGGUCUAUAAAAGGGGAAUUAAGAAAACAAGCCUUGGAUCACUUCAACGCAGAAGCAUCUGAGGAUUUCUGCUUCCUCCUGUCCACGAGAGCAGGAGGACUCGGGAUUAACCUGGCCUCUGCCGACACUGUGAUCAUCUUCGACUCUGACUGGAAUCCUCAGAAUGACUUGCAAGCUCAGGCCCGGGCUCACAGGAUAGGCCAGAAGAAACAGGUGAACAUUUACCGCCUGGUUACAAAAGGGACGGUGGAGGAGGACAUCAUCGAGCGCGCCAAGAAGAAGAUGGUCCUGGAUCAUCUGGUCAUUCAGAGGAUGGACACCACAGGGCGGACGGUUUUGGAUAACUCUGCCCGUCCUUCACACUCAACACCAUUCAACAAGGAGGAGCUGACAGCGAUUUUGAAGUUUGGAGCUGAGGAAUUGUUCAAGGAACCAGAAGGCGAGGAGUCUGAGCCACAGGAAAUGGACAUCGACGAGAUCCUGAGACUGGCGGAAACGAGAGAGAACGAGCAGUCCGUGAGUCCCACUGACGAACUGCUCUCCCAGUUCAAGGUGGCUAACUUCACCACAAUGGAGGAGAACGAACUGGAAGUGGACGAGAAGCAGACCAAAGAAUGGGACGACAUCAUCCCGGAGGACCAGCGGAAAAAGAUCGAAGAGGAGGCGCGGCAGAAGGAACUGGAGGAAAUCUACAUGCUUCCAAGGAGCAGGAGUUCAACUAAAAAGGCUCGGGCUCACGGCAGCGAUUCGGACGCUGGGUCGCGGCGAAGGCGGCAGCGCUCGUCCGGAUCGGAGAGUGAAACAGAGGAGAGCGAAGAUGAAGAGAAGCGGCCCAAGCGAAGAGGCCGGCCUCGAACCGUCCGCAGAGACAUGGUGGAUGGCUUCACCGAUGCUGAAAUCCGGAGGUUUAUUAAGAGUUACAAGAAGUUUGGUGCUCCUCUUGAAAGGCUCGAGGGUAUAGCACGCGAUGCUGAGCUUGUGGACAAGUCCAUUGCAGACCUGCAGCGGCUGGGUGAACUCAUUCACAACAGCUGUGUGAUGGCUCUCAAGGAGUUCGAGGAACAGCUGAAGGAGAAUCCAGGCCUCGAGGGGAAGGGUCCGGGUAAGAAGAGGGGUCCGACCAUCAAGAUUUCAGGUGUCCAGGUCAACGUUAAGUCAAUUCUGAUCCACGAGGAUGAAUUUGAGGCUCUUCAUAAAGCCAUUCCCCUUGACCCUGAGGAAAGAAAAAAGUACCGCUUGCCCUGUCACGCGAAGGCUGUGCACUUCGACACAGAUUGGGGUGUGGAGGAGGAUUCCAAUUUGCUGAUAGGGAUCUAUGAGUGUGGCUAUAGCAACUGGGAGCAGAUAAAAAUGGACCCAGAUCUACAGCUUACCAAUAAGAUUCUCCCGGAUGAUCCCGAUCGGAAGCCACAGGCCAAGCACCUCCAGUCACGAGCCGACUACCUAAUCAGGCUGCUGAAGAAGGACAUGGUCAAGAAGGCUGGGCUGAAGCAGGAAGAGGAGUCUAAACCAAAGAAGCGGAAACCGCGAGUGAAGAAGGAGAACAAGGCACCCAGACUGAAGGAUGAGAGUGGUAACGACAUCUCCUCCCCUCGCCUAUCUGACAAUGCUUCCGAGGAGGAUGGUGAGCUAAAGGAUGGCGGUUUGGACCAAACUCCAAUGAAGAAAAAACUGAAGAAGAAGGACAACAAAGAGAACAAGGAAAAGGGUGAUGUGAAGAAGGAAAAGGAUGGACAGAAAGGGAAAAAGAAGACCAAGACCAAGAAGGAGAAGAUGAAAUCGGACGCUAAAGACAAAGCUCGGAAGUCUGUUUCCAAGGGUCCAGUGCACAUUACGGCAGGUAAUGACCCAGUGCCAAUUGGAGAGGAGGGCGAGGACGAAUUGGACCAGGAGACAUUUAGCAUUUGCAAGGAGAGAAUGAGGCCGGUGAAGAAAGCCCUAAAGCAGUUGGACAAGCCGGAGGACGGACUUUCAGAGAAGGAACAGCUGCAGCACACUCGCAGCUGCCUGUUGAAGAUCGGAGACCGGAUCACCGACUGCCUGAAGACCUACACCGACUCUGAACACGUGAAGAUCUGGAGGAGAAAUCUCUGGAUUUUUGUCUCCAAGUUCACCGAGUUUGAUGCCCGGAAGUUGCACAAGCUGUACAAGUUGGCACAGAAAAGGCGGUCCCAGGAAGAGGUAAAGGAGGAACAGAAGAAGAAAGAGAAUAAUUCCGAGAACAAGCGGCAGUUCAAGCCAGAGCUGUCGGGAUCGAGCCGGGACUCCAUGAGCUCGCAGCCACACAUGCAGCAUGGACCUCAUGGUCCCCAGCUGCUCCCCCCGCACCACCAACAGCAGCUGCACCCCCACCACCGAGACCUCUACACCCAGCUCAACAAGAGGCCUUUCAACAACACAGAUCGGGGAGACCGGCAAAGGGAUCGGAUGUACAACUACAGCAACCAGCACUGGGCAGCAGACCGACACCACCCCUACGACCAGCACAGGUACAAGGACCAUCACUUUGGCGACCGGAGGCCUCGUGGAGACCCCCACAGGAAUUCUGGCAACUACCGGCCGAACAACAUUCACCGCAAGAGACCGUAUAACCAGUACGGCAGCGAGCGUGACCACCGAGGUCAUCGAGAUUACUACGACAGGCGCCAUCAGGACAUGAAACGCCGCAGGUCAGACGAGUUCAGACCUCAGGACCACCACAAUCUAGGGCACCAACCAGACUUCCGCCGACUGCCUGAUCACAGGGGAGCCGGGCCCUACCACAGCCAAGGACCUUCCGAACACUAUAGACCAUUUCACAUUGAAAAGCCAAUGGAGCACAAGGUGCCUGCGCCAGACCAUCGCUCACCUCUCUCCCAGAAAUCACCCCAUGAUUCGAGAUCCCCCCAUGAGCACCGGUCCCCUCUGGACCGCUCGCUGGAGCACAAGAACACUCCCGACUACAACUGGAAUGUGAGGAAAACGUAGAGUCAGUUCUGAGGGAAACUGCUGCAAGUUCUCUGUGUCUUGUUUGAAUAGAACCCUCACAUCGUUUUCCUCACUCGCACACAUACAUGCGCGCACACACACACAUGCACGCACACACACACACACACACACAAAACCAAGGAGAGACUACUGUGAUACCAAUGGCAGAGCGAAUGUGAAAAAUCCGGGUACAAUGGGAGAGGUUUCUGCUGCUUGAACAGAGGGAUGUUUGCAAUUUGGACAAAGACUCGGGUCAGCAUCGGUGCAGAAUUUGCCCUGGCUCACUCUGGAAUCUUAACCAGCCUGGGAGGAAAGGAAAGAUCGACCUUUGGGAGAUGGCAACUCUUGCGUUACAGGCAAUGAUUCUAUUGUUCUGUUUUUUAAACUAAAAAGAAACCUCGAGCAGGCUAUCAGCAGAGAGUGUAUUUCAUAAGGAAACUGUCCUAUCUCCUGUCAACUUUGUCUGCUUAAACAACUUCUCUGUUUUACUUUAAACGUACGUGACAAAUGCUCUCUGUGCUCAGUGGUGUUGGGCAGGUCCGUCCUUCUCCUAAGUAGAUUUCCAAAAAUCACGGAGGUGGGGGGUUUGGGGAGGGGGCAGGUCUCUGCUAAAUGUCGGCAGCAGUACUAGUGUCAAGGUAGAGGGAGUGGUGUGGUGUCCACUACUCUCAUCUGUCUGACACUCCUGUAACUUGCUGAAGGAAUACCAAAAAGAAAACGGGAUGGGGAGGGGGGAGCAGCAAGUUCUUAUUCUUCCGUAGAUGAGGCCUUUGCGCCUCUUUAGAACAGAAAGCAGUGUGGGCAGGACUAUCAGCACUUUGUAUUCGGUUGGAAUGUACCUUUUUCUGACGCUUCAACCUGUCUUUAGAAUGUAGUGUCUUUAUUUGCAACAAAGAAGUAUUAGGAUAUUGCCUACUCAAGAAUCAAAAGAUUAGUACCUUGAUUCUAACAGUCUUCAAUGCCCACAAUAUUGAAGUCUUGGGCCGCGGUCUCUCACAACGUAAGCACUUUGUUCAAUUCGCUUUUCUCUUCAUGCUGCCUGUUCCGAGGCGCCUCGGUUUGUGUGGAUCAUUUUAAUCCUCACUGUAAAAUAACUUAUUUUUUUACUACUUCGUUCUGACCUGUGUUUGAUAGGAGGGGUUUAAAGAAAUAACGUACUUUUUUUUUGUUAAAAGACAGAGCAGGUGAGAAAAGAUUGAUUUACCAGAGCAGAAUGGUAGGUGGCUCUGAGAAAUAUUCUCAAAGCGACUGACUGUGCCAUACAGUGUCAAGGUUGUCAGUGUUGAAGCUCCAGUGUGUCUCUGCAUUUCUGGACCCAGGACUCUCCUGAACGUUGUUCUUUUUUUAAAAAGUUGUUUCCAGUCAAGGGGAAAAUGAAGCUUUGUCUCCUUUUGUGCCCUGCAAUCCACCUUCACUCUUCCCCACCAAAGUGGCUGUUUCCACAUAUUCACGCCGGUUACAAGUUCACUCACAGCCAACGGCACAACUGCACAUGCCCGUCAACGGUUACGGCUGACAGAACCUUCUGCAUAACAGACCAAUCCAAUUAACUUUUUGGCUGGGGUGGGGAGUGAGAUGAGCAAUUUGAGGGGGGUUUCUGAACGUCGUCAUGUUUAAUUUCUUUAAUAAAAAGUGAACUCAUGGAAACACUUUGCUAUUCAGUGGGGAGAGGAAUAUUUCUGGUCAGGGGCUCCAGCAUUGGGGAACAUAAAAGAAGCAGGCUUUAAAUGAUGGGGAGAGCAAAGUGGACGUCUGUGACAGGGUAAGGUGGUCAUGGUAAUGGUUACUUUAUGAACAAGACUAGCCAAAAGGAAUGGGAACAAGGAUAGAAUGAACAUAGAACACAGUACAGACCCUUCGGCCCAUCAUGUUGUGCCUACCUUUUAAACUACUCUGUAAGAUCAAUCUAACCCUUUCCUCCUACGUAGCCCUCUAUUUUGUCUAUCAUCCAAGUGCUUAUCUAAUGCAGAGUGAAGGGAUAUGGAGAGAAGGCAGGAACGGGGUGCUGAUUGUGGAUGAUCAGCCAUGAUCACAUUGAAUGGCGGUGCUGGCUCGAAGUGCUGAAUGGCCUACUCCUGCAUCUAUUGCCUAAUGCCUCUAAUGUAUCUGCCUCUACCACUAGCCUUGGCAGGGAGUUCCACAUACCCACCACUCUCUGUAAAAAACUUAACUCUGACGUAUCCCCUAUACUCAAAACACCUUAAAAUUAUGACUCUCGUCACAGCCACUUCUGGCCUAGCAAAAUGCCCCUGGCUAUCCACGCAGUCUGUGCAUUUUAUCAUCACGUACACCUCUGUCAAGUUGCCUCUUCUUCACUCCAAAGAGGAAACCCCAAGCUCACUCAACCUUUCCUCAUAACGACGUGCUAAUUCAGGCAAUGACCUGGUAAAUUUUCUCUGUGCCCCCUCUGAAGCUUGUCCGUCCUUCCUACUGACCAGAACUGCAACAUUACCUCACAGCUCUCGAACUCAAUCUCUCCCCCCCACCCCCAAACUAACGAGGACCAACACACCAUACACUGCCUUAACAGCCUUAUCAAUUUGCACAACAACUUUGAGGGAUCUAUAGUCCUGUGCCUCAAGAUCCCUUUGUUGGUCCACAAUGGUUACUUGAAUUCAGUGUUUAAGUCCCUAGGCAGCAACAUACCCAAUCAGGAGAGAUGGUGGUUUCCCUCUGGUCUGCAUUCAAUCACAGGCUUGCACUCUGCAGCUUAGAAUGCUUUUCUUUUGUGUUCUGAUGCAAGGUUUUGGUCCAAAAUACAGACUUUCACUCCUGACACGCUGAGUGUUUCCUUUUUCUGCUGCUUUUUUCCCCGAUUUGGAGGUUACGUUUUCAUUCUAGCUCCAAUCGGCUUUCUUUCAAGUACAUUGAGCUGAAUAAAUCAUUUCUCAUCUGUAUAUUGUUUGGGCGCUGAUGCACUAAGAGGCUCUGUAACCUUAACAUAUCCUUCUCAUUUCAUGUUAAGACCGUAAGAUAUAGGAGCAGAAUUAGGCCGUUUGGCCCAUCGAGUCUGCUCCACCAUUCGACCAUGGCUGAUCCAUUAUUCCUCUCGGCCCCAAUAUCUAGUGUGCUCCCCCUAUCCCUUCAUGCCCUUACUAAUCAAAAAUCUAUCAACCUUUGCCUUAAGUAUUUGUAAAGACUUGGCCUCUACAGCUGCCUGCAGCAAAGAAAUCCCCAGAUUCACCACUUUGAUUAAAGAAGAUCCACCUCGUCCCCUUUCUAAAAGGACACCCUUCUAUUCUAGUCUUGGACUCCACCACCUUAGGGAACGUCCCUAGGUGGUGACUCUCAACCUGCUCCCAAUUCCUUGACUUGUGAGGUCCAGUCAACAAGGACAGACAGCUCAAAUAGCAGUGAAAAAGUGUUAGUAGAGCAAAGCAAUCCCUCCCCCCGCCCCCAGUUCUCACUGUGAAUGUAACAAUACCUCCUCCCCAGCCUGAGUGGAAUUAUGAAUUUUUUAAGGAGUGCACAGCUGAUGAAUGCCAACUGAGAUCUGGUCUGCUUGUCCCCGGAGUUGAGCUUUGGUGGUGAACCUGACAGUGGUUGGUUCAGUCGGUGACUGGAGGAGGACAAGUACACACACUACCUUAUUCCUCACUGACAUUCAUUUUGUAACAUUGCUACUUAGCCUUGUGUUUUCUGCUGCUAACCGUACCGUCCUGCAACUGUGGGGCAGAGAUCCUGACAGUGUUAGCUGUUGAAUGGCCGGUGUCAAUUAAACUGCACUGCGCCAUUGGUUCAUGUAACAUCACUUCAAUACCAUAGUAACAGUUGGUUUAAAAUAUUAAAGAAGCAUUAAGGGUUAAAUUUAAUGUUUGCAUACUCCCAAGUCCGAAGGAGUGAUGGUCACAAGGCUCCAUGUUUCUGCACCGCUGGUCCAGGCGUAGCCUCUUAACCUUCAUCUGGCGCUUGAGCCUGACCCCUUCACUUGGAAUUCGCUCUUCCCUGUAUUACCGUUCUCCUUGUUAGAAGUUGUGCCCGCGGGCUGAGGCGACCCACCGACCUUGCCCAACAUGUUACUUAGAACGUAGCUGGCCCGCGUGGUGUCCACAUGUGAUCCUCAGCGUAGUAAGCAGCUUAUUUCAGUUCUAGGGCAAUCAGACACACCUUGCUGGGAUUUGGCGGGGUUAACAGUACUGUGCCUGUGCUGUAGGUGCAGUGAACCCUGCGAUAAUUCCUAUAUUAAGUCACACAACCCCACACUGUCAAGGAGGAAGUGAAUAGUGGGUACAGAAGUGUCUGCAGUGUCAAUGGCAGAGAAACAAGGGGGGACUGAGCCCCAAGGUCUGAACUGGUGACGUCUCCUACUUCAGCCCAGGAUAAGCCACAUGUACAGUAAGGGAGUUAAUGCAAAGCAAGAUGAUGCAUUGUUAAUGUGAAAUCUGUCUGGGACGGUUGUGUGAGGACUAAAAGUUGGAUUGGUUUGUUUCCUGACACUUCUAACUGUAAAUUGGCUGUUUUCUCAAUGCACAAUUGCGAUCAAACUGAACGUAAGGAGACCAAGGAGCUGGAUGGGGAGAUGUGUGGGAUUUUAUGGUCAUAACCAGUAGUACCCACUGAGGAAUGAGCAGUGCCAGCUCGUCAGUGUGAUUCGCACCUUCACUGACAAGGGAAAAACAUUCCGAGUGGUAACUCGCGUGAAAGGUGCCCUGGAGCCCCAAAAUGGUGCUCCGGCAAGGCAGUGACUGUCCCUCUGUUUGGGUGAAUUGUUCUGUGAGGAAUUGGUAACGAUAAACGGGAGCUAUUGUGCUAAUGAGUGAUGGAGAUUGGGAACUAGGGGGAAGAGCCCUUUCAAAGGGUCUUCUGAAGAAAAUUCCUGAAAUUGACCACUUAAAACUGAUUCGUUUUACCCUGGUGUAGAAUGCUAUGUAUAGGGUGAACAUAAACAAGUGCAACUGUUUAUUGCUGAGGGUUCUGCAAUGUACAGUUGGUAUGAGUACUCUAAAUCUUCCAUUUGACAGUGUUGAGCUUCCAAUGCUGCCUCUGUGUAUCAGACACAAUGUGAAGCUCUUAGAAGAAUAUAUUACCCUGUUUUACAUUUUUAAGGACAUUUUUUAGCCACAAAUCCUAGACAGUUAUAAUGAUGGAGAUGUCUAUGGAAUGGAAGAGGAUGAAAAAAGAGAAAUCAGCUGCCAAGCCCCAUGUAUUUUGUUUUGCUGAAAUGGUCGGUACAGUUUCUGUAAAAACUUAUGUGGACUUUUUAAAUGACUUUAAAGAAAAGUAAAUAUUAAUUUAUAUUUGUGAAAAGGCCACUGUUAGUGCAUUUUGAUGUAAAUACUUUGUUUAUAGUACGUAUUAAAUUUUCCUACACCUUAA